UCCGACCGAGCGACGAGAUACCGCAGUAGACGCGUGUACGCCGAACCGUCUGAUUUCGAAACUGUGAAUAUGAACGGCAAAGGCAUGCGGAGGAAGAAGUCGUCUCUAUCGGAGGUGAAGGUGGCUGUUAUCGGUUCCCCUGGUGUUGGAAAGAGCGCGCUCUCGGUCAGGUUCCUCACCAGAAGGUACAUUGGCGAAUAUGACCAUCAAGCGGAAACUAGGUAUAAACACGAAGUGCUCGUGGACAACGAACCCGUGCUCUACGAAAUAUUAGACACAUGUCCGAAGAAUGAAGACGAUCUUCCCUCAUCAGAAACUAUAAAUUGGGCAGAUGGACUGCUUUUGGUAUACUCCAUCAUAGACAGACGUUCCAUCGCCUAUCUUAAAAGAGUGGGUUCUGUUAUUGCUGAAUCUGACAUUCCCGUUUACAUUGUAGCAAAUAAAAACGAUAUGGUGCACUUGAGAGAAGUGAGCGCUGAGGAGGGCGCCAUCCUGGCCAGGAACUUCGAGUGUGGCUUCUCCGAGGUGGCGGCUGCUGAAAUGGUGGCGCCAGUCGCCGUGGUGUUCCAGGAACUGUGCAGGGCUGUCUUGGCCGCCCGCAGGAAGUCGAAGCAUUCUCUGUUGGAGAGGAUGUUGGGUACGAGGACCAGCAACCUCAGGCUCUACGCCAGGGGAAAGAGCGACAGCGCUUUGCCGAAAGACUGACAUUUACUGCUGACGUGAUUUGGGUUACAGAGCGAUCAUUUGGUUAAGUUACCAGAUUUUUUUUUUAUUAUACCUCGUCUAGUCAUUGUGUGGUGAAAACAUUAAACUGUAUUACACCUUUACUUUAAGUGUGCUUAAUUAUGAUGAAAACGCUUUGAAAUUACUGUAUUUCUUACUACCGAUACUAGAUUUCAAUUUUUUUCUUUUUGUUGAAAACAGAAAAUAUUUAUAUGUAUCUGUUUUAUUUAUAACUAAACAGUUAUGCAUCAAAACGAAGAUAGAUAAUUCGUUAACACGAAAUAAAAUACGUAGCAAUCAAGUUAAGAAUAAACACAUGUUCAAUAAAUUUUUAAAAAUACCUACUACCUAUAAUUAAUUAAAAUAAGUAUUUAAUACAAAUGAUGCCAAAAACUACAGUAUAUUAUAAUGAAAAUAUAACCUAUAGUUCAAAUAUAACUUUUAAAAACAUCCCAUUUUGUCAAUGUCAAAAACGCCUCGAGGCCGAUCCUGACUUUGCAAAAUAAUUUGCCUAGACUAAGUACCUAAAUGUUUGUAUGUAAUGUAAUAUAUCAAAUUCGUUUUUAA